AUGAGGGUGAAGGAUAUACCGAAUAUUGGAGAAUUACAAGAGCCAUUGGGGCUUAAAAUGAAUGCAACUACUGGCGGCAUCACGAAAAAAAGAAAGAAAUCAGAUGCCAAGCCUCAGUCACAAAUUAAUAAGUGCCUUAAUGAGAAGAGACGACGCUUCCAGGAGAACGAGUUCAUCGAGGAGCUUGCCGUACUGAUUUCCUCUACGGACAUGAGCUCUGGCAAGACGGAUAAGUGUCAAAUUCUACAAAGAACAGUUGAUCAGAUUCAGCAUUUACAAAGACAAGAAGGAAAUAAUAGUCAUGCAGUUCAACAGGGUGAAGUCUCCUCCUCGAAUCCUAGCAUACUAUCUAAUGAUCAAGUUGGACCCAUUUUACUCGAGGCUUUGGACGGUUUUCUAUUCGUCGUGAACACGGAGGGUCGCGUGGAAUUCGUUACAGAUAAUAUACAACAGUAUAUAAAUUAUACCAAGGAAGAUGUGCUCGGGAAGGAUAUUUAUAAUAUUAUUCAUCACGGUGAUCAUCAAGCCUUUAUGCCCAGCUUAAUGCCCAUGUCAAUAGGAUGGACGAGUGAGCCUCAAGUACAGUCAAGAAACCGAACAUUUAACUGUCGAUUCUUAGUUAAACCCCCAGAUGAUCAAGAGGAAUCUAUUGAAGAGAAACAGCAACGCAUAUCUAAAUAUGAGUCAAUGCAAAUAUGCUCUGCAAUACUUCCAAAUACAAAUGAUCAUUUAGAUAAUAAUGAUGUUACAUCAGAAUCAUCUGAUAUCGGUCCAUGCGUAAUGUGCGUAGCACGUAGAAUUUCAUACGUCGAAAAACCGUCAAAUACUGCUUCAAUACAGCAGUUUACACUUAAAUUGGAUACUACUGGAUGUAUUAUUAACGUUGAUACUAGUUGGCUCUCAUCUUCUUAUACUCAGUAUAUAAAAAAGGAGGAGCUUAUUGGAAUUAACGUACAAGAUUUGUGUCAUCCAAACGAUCUUAGUAAAUUUACUGCACAUUUAAAGGAUACACUUCAGCGCGGUGAAGGUGAAACUUCUAUGUACCAGCUGCGCGUCGGCCCGGAAACGUUCGUCAACGUUCAAACAAAGUCGAAAAUAUUUGGAGCAAACCCUUCGAAUAUACACGAAACUGAUUUCAUUAUGUCUACUUAUUCAAUUAUUGGUGUUCCCUUUGGUACAUCAACAACAACAACAACAACAAUAACAACAACAACAACAACGACAACAACAAGUGAUUCUUGUAAUUCACUCGGGCCAGCAACAACAAACAAUCCAUUUAAUAAUUAUUCAAAUGUGGAUUUGGAACUUGAAUUCUUUCCAAAUUCCUCAUGGGAAUUGGAUAGUAGCAGCGGUUGUGCUGACAAUACUAGGCCCGAGUCAAGAAAUACCGGCCCUUCAAAUUCACGACCACCUUCCCAGCCAGCCCCAUCAUCAAGUCCUCAAGCAGCGUUCACCACUAAUUCCACGGUGACGUCGCACUGCAGUCCUUUAAGAGCUUACAGCCCGACGACAAUGAUUGGUGCACACUCUUUCAGUAAUUCCUUUUCAUUCAGUCCACUUCAGGAUUCUCCAACGUCUUUGCUCAGCGUCCCGGGUGUCACCAACGGCGGUGGCAACGGAAACACCAGUGCCAGUACUAGUGCAAGUGGGACCUCAAUAGGCAAAGACACCAGAGGAUGUUCAACGCCAAGUAGUCACAGUAUUGACUCUAUUGGAUCCACUGCGGCUGCAUCAUCGUCUAUUGGCGUGAACGCCUCCUCAGCAUUGUCACCAAUUGGUUCAACGACAAUUACCUCAAUGACGUCAGCAACCGGUACCUCACCCGGUUCAUCAACGUCGACGAGUAUCAUGUCGUCAAUGACAGGCGCAAUAAGUGCCUCCCAAUCAACUCCACCUACUACCACAGCCAAUAGUUCUAAUGCUGUUUCGCCUGUUGUAUCAAUGUCUGGUUCUAACGUUGGCGUUAAUACAUCAACUAACUUGAUGACAACUCCCGAAUCACAAAGUAGUUUAAGUUCAACCGCUGAUUCUGGUCGGCUAAGAAAUUUACUAACCAGAAAUCAUGUUAGUAAUGAUGAUACUCAGGACAGUAGUAACAAUGACUCCGAAAACCAAAAUGAACAUAAAAUAUUAAAAAUAUUAUUAAAUCAACAAGAUGAAGAUGAUUAUCAUUCGGAGCAUAGUGCUAAACUGUUAAAUGAAAAAAGUGAUGAAGAUGACGAAACACGAGCAAGUUCGAAGAAACAACAUGAACUUCUUCAGCAACUAUUAAAGGAUUCCGAUGAUGAAAGAAAAAUGCAGCAAGAGCAAAAGAGUCGUGAUGAUGAUACAUUACUGAGGAGUCUUGGGUUUAAAUCGUCUGGGCCAUCGACAUCUCAAACAAAUGAUCACGGCCACGGCAGUAACCCACAAACUAGUGGCCAGAAGAGGCCUGGUGAAGAUGGCGAUCUGAAUAUGUCUGUUAAAAGAUCAAUGGAUAAUUCUCAUCAAGUAUCUUCAUCGGGUAGUAGUAAUCGAGGUUCGAAUAGUAAGCUAUGGGAGAAGAAUAAAAUGUUGGCGUCUCUUCUGGCUAAAGAGCCUUCUCAGCCGACAACUAUCCCACCAAUCCCUGCAUCUGUGAUAUCGGCAACUCCACAGGAUAAAUUGCCACGCGUUGCCGACCGAUUAAAGCAACAACAGCAACAACAGCCGUGGACAGGAAGUGGAAUGCAAUCUGUUGGAAGUACUGCAACCACUACUGUUGCUACCUCGGCUCGUACACCCCUCCAAAAUCAAUCAAGACAACUACCUCGCCAAGCAACCAAUAUCUACCUCAAUCACAUGCUAAGUCACGAAAGACCUCAAAUGAGUCCAAUGGAUUCAGAAUUUGCUGGUGGUGGUGGUGGUGGUGGUGGUGGUGGCGGUGGCGGCGGCGGCGGCGGGAGUAGUGGAGAUUUUCGUACGCCAGUUACUGAAUCAAAUACGUGGGAUAAUCAGUCAUCUGAUCCAGCUUUAUCAGAAUUAUUAGAUCAAGUGAUUGAAUUUGUACCAGAUGAAGUAAUAACAGACUCAUCGGCAAUAGUCAGUUUAUUGGAUGUAAUUGAACAGCCACAAAACAAUUCAAUGAAUGAAAAAAUGGCUAUCAAUGCAAUACAAAAAUCAUUAAUGCUUUGUGAAUCUGCUGUUAAUUCCACGUCUUCCACGAUAACGAUGCCCUCAACUCCACCAGCUUACUCUUCCGCUCGAACUGGUGUAUCCGAUUCUCAAAUGUCGCCAGGCUAUGGAGGUUCCGUCCAAUUAUCUAAUACACAUCGGAUUUCACAUUCUUAUUCUCAUCCGUCAACAAUUAAUCAACAUGCUGUGGUAAAUAAUAACUUCAAUAGCGGUCAACCAAUUUCUGCAGCUUCUAGAUUAUCGCCACAUUCUUCAGCUGCAAUGAUGACAUUUGCUCAUCAUCAAACUUUAUCGCCGCGUGUUUCACAGGUAGAUAACGUAAAUGUUGCAGGUGGAGUAGUAUCACCCCGACACUAUGGCACUGUAAAUAAAGAUCAACAAAGUUUAAUGUCACCUGGUCAUCAGCGAGCUGGGUGUCCGCCACCACCAACGCCAACGCAUAACCACCAACAUAGUAUGACGAAUAAUCAGCAGCAGCACUAUACAAACCAGCAACAACAACAGCAACAGCAGCAGCAACAGCAUAAUUCCAUGCUAUAUCGAAACACCGGCAAUAGCAUCGUUAAUAACCCGGAUGUACAGAAUAAUCAAUUCUGCUACGAUCAGGGUACCGUACCUGGAUAUCCAACGAGACCUGAGGACACCAGGUCAAUGUCUUCUAGUAAUUCGGCCGGUCAUCAAAUGGGUGGUAAUACCACUGGUCUCGGUAGUACAAGGUCGGAAUUCGUGAGACAAGAAUUAAGAGCUGUAGUGGGUGCAAGAACGCAACAGAGAGUACCAAACAACAUUCAAAAUAAUGUUAUGGAACAUAGUAAUGUAAUGGAACAUGCUCAUAAUAAUGUAAUAGGACAAGUAUCACAGGAUGAUCUCGACGUACUUGGAUUGUCCGCCUACGAAGCAUCAACCUGUGGUGAGGCUGUGGUUAACGAUGGCCCUGCUAAGAACUGGGCCACUGGAAAUACCGGAAAUACGCCCUUCUCCUCCAGGACUACUAUUGAAGAGGUGGUGCGAGUUGAUCCAAAGUCGUCACUUUUGCAGAAAUUAUUAUCUGAGUGA